CACCCAUUAAACAGUAAUUCAACCACCACACUUUAUCCCGUCAGAAACCCAAGAUGGAUCUCGUUGCUAGUGUCCGCAAGGAAGGCAGCCGCGGCGGCCGCGGCGACUUCAAAUGGUCCGAUGUCAAGGAUUCCGCACACCGAGAGAACUACCUAGGCCACUCGCUCAUGGCUCCUGUUGGUCGCUGGCAGCAGGGCCGGGAUCUAUCAUGGUAUUCCAAAGGGGAUGGACAGGAUGACGAGGAAAAGGCGCGAAGGGACCGAGAGGAGAUCCGGCGCGUCAAGGAAGCGGAACAAGAGGCCAUGGCCCGCGCGUUGGGUCUCCCAGUGCCGGAAAAGAGCGCUAGUGCAAACGCAAAUCUCACGCCGUUGGGAGGGAAUGAUGUUCGGAAGGCUCUGCAGGAUACGGUAAUCGAUAUGGAUGCUGAAGGUGCAGGAAGAGGUGUUGGAUUUGGUGGCUUCAGUGGCAUGCAAAGGGGGAAUAACAAUACGGAGGAGAGGCUGGAAGCUGCCGGUCUGGACUCGAACCAUGAGGCAACCAGGAACAGACGGGAUCGCAGUAGGAGUCCUAGACGGGAUCGGAGACGGGAUCACGGCCUCGAGCGGCCUCGAGAGGAACGCAAACAUCGUCGACACCAUGACGACCGCGAGAAGCAUCGCCGUCGUGAUCCCCACCACGACCACUACCGGAGCCAGAAGCGCAGGUCGAGGUCAAGGUCAAGGUCCCGGGAUAGGGACCAUCGGAGAAGAAGAUCGACAUCCCGAUCUAGGACAGAUGACAGGCGGAGGGAUCACGAACAUAGAAGCCAUCGUUCGGAUCGCGAUCAUGGCCGAGAACGAGACAGGAGGGAAAGAGAUGAUGGCCACAGCCGCAGGAAUCAAUAAUAAUGCUCUCUCUUUGGAAUUAAUUGCAUGGGCAAAAGGUGUAAUACUAUUUAGGGAUG